GCUAAAGUGAGAGGCGGUUUAAUGACCGGAGCUCUGACUCUGAAGUCAGAUAAAUUCAUGGUAGGGGCUUUUAAAUUUUCAAAUGGAUUCUCAUGAAUCCUUUGUAUUUAUAGCAGACUAAAAUCCAAAAAACAAAUGACCAGGAUUAUGAAAUCGCUCUGAUAGUCAUGAGAGUUGUGAGCUUAAAAGGAACCAUGACGGUAAAGGAGGAAGACGAAACACUGAUGAAGGAACCGCUACAAAUGUAGUCUCAACUGAUCAAAAACAUUUGGGUGAUAAUGAGAACAACGGAGAUAUAAACUUUAAUUACUGUCAGGACCAUUUUUUUUGUGUGCGCCAUGCGUAAAAGAUGGAUACGUCGGAGUCUGCUUGUCCUGAUUUUCACAUUCUUCAUAAUUGUCUUUGUGGAUUUUCAAUUAAGCACCAGCAGCUUUCCCAAAUUAAACGCGGCUCACCGCCCGUUACCCAGUGGGCUCCGUGGCUCCAUCCUGCAUGUUUCCUCCGCGGCGAAAGACGCACAGAGCUCGGUUCACAGCAUUAACAAAAUAGAAUCCCAACCUAAUGAAAAUAAUGGAGAAGAGUCGGUGUUUGCGGGAGCCCAUGCCACUCUGCCCCAACUCAGACUGGAUGACAUUUACAUAGCUGUAAAAACCACCGGGAGGUUCCACAAGACGCGUCUUGAACUUCUUUUGGACACAUGGAUCUCAAGAACCAAAGCGCAUACAUUCAUUUUCACAGACAAAGAGGAUGAAGAAUUAAGUUCAAAAGGUUAUAACAUGGAGGUAACUGGGUGCCAGACGGAUCACAGUCAGCAGGCUCUGUCCUGCAAGAUGUCUGCCGAGUAUGACGGCUUCAUGGCCUCAGACAAGAGGUGGUUUUGUCAUGUAGACGACGAUAACUACGUGAACCCAGGGGGUCUCCUCUCUUUGCUCUCAACCUUCCCCCAGGAAGGUGACAUCUAUGUGGGCAAGCCGAGUCUGGACAAACCCAUCACUGCUCAUAAACUACUGGACGGAAAUAAAACGAUGAAUGUGCAGUUCUGGUUUGCCACAGGAGGCGCAGGUUUCUGUCUUAGUCGUAGGCUGGCUGAAAAGAUGUCUCCAUGGGCCAGUGGCUCAAACUUUGAGCGAACAUCAGCCAAAAUCCGUCUCCCAGACGACUGCACAGUGGGCUUUAUUGUGGAGAAGAUGCUGGGCAUCCCUAUGGUCCACUGUCCCUUUUUCCACUCCCAUUUAGAAAACCUGCUUCUAAUAAGUCAAAUAAGCCUCCCACAACAGGUAACACUGAGCUAUGGGAUGUUUGAGAACAAGAUGAACAGCAUAGAGGUAAAGGGGAGCUUUUCUAAGGAGGAGGACCCCUCCAGGUUUAGGACCGUCCACUGUAUUCUGUAUCCUUCUACCAGCUGGUGUCCUCCAUUCACUUGAGCGGAAGCUUGUAUCUUGCUGGAUAAAAAGGAAAAAAAUCCCCUGGAUAUUUUUUCUGUGCAAAAAAAAACAAAACAGAUUUGUUUUCAUAGAACAGUCAUAGACAUUGAAUAGCACUGGAACUGGAACCGGGGUGGAAGCAAUAAUUCAGUGUGAUGAAACUGUGUUCUCCAACAACUCUCCAGUUGUGUUUUGUCUCAUGAAUACAUCGAAUAUCUGUAUAAAGCACCCUAAAGACAUUUCCUGUAUUAUAUACUACUGUUUUUAAAUAAUUCUGCUAAAACAAUGACUUUUUGCGUCAUCUCAUCUGAAUGAUUUUGUUAGUUUGGCAUAUUCUUUUAAAUUUUAAGAGUUGAGUACUUAAUAAAGAGAACAAUGAUGUGUUUAUUUAGCGAAGAUUUUUAUGAUUUGUGGCAGACAUUGUUUUGUCAUCCUUGCAUUUUAUGAACAAUGUUUUAACUCAAGUGAAUUGCCCUUUUUUUUAAAUAUUUUUAAAAGUGAAUUCUGAUUAUGACUGUAAAGAAGGUUCAUAAAUCACUGCAGAUUGUUAUAAAAUAAUUAGAGCUUUUAGGGACUGAACUGA